UUCUGGCUCUGUGAUGCUGGAUGUUUUGGGUCGUGGUAUCAUAGUUUCAUUAACAUGUUAUCUUCUUCUAAUGGAUACUCAGAAUAAAUCUGUGUGUGCCAUAAACGGAUCAUGUUGAAUGUAUUUCCGGGUUCGUGUUCAGUCAUUAUUUUGAGUUCUGUCUCGUCUGUUCUGCUCAGGAUCAGGCUGUAUUCGUGUCAGCUGAGGCUGUGACUCAAUGCUAAAGCAAACACAUAUGCUCCAUCCAGUCAGUCCAUGGCCGAUCUGCAUGAAUCCAUCGAUCUCAGGUCUCCACCAGUGGACCCAUCAGAAGCUGAAGGACACAGCUGGUUCCCCACGCCUCCUCCACCCAUGUACACCUGCACCCUGACCCCCGAGCUGGUGGCCAAAGCACGAGAGGAGCUCCAGGAGAAACCAGAGUGGCGUCUCCGGGAUGUCCAAGCACUCAGAGACAUGAUCCUGAAGGAACAGCCAAACCUGAGGACCAGGUUAGACGACGCCUUCCUCCUGCGCUUCCUGCGGGCCAGGAAGUUCGACUAUGACCGCGCCCUGCAGCUGCUGCUCAACUAUCAGGCGGGCCGUAAAGCUUGGCCGGAGGUGUUCAAGGACCUGAAGCCGUCCACGGUGAAACACGUCCUCGACCUGGGCUUCCUCACCGUCCUGCCUCAACCAGACCCCAACGGGAGAUACAUCCUCUGUCUGCGCCUCGGGAAAUGGAAACCAAACGAUUACCCGUUCGUGGACAACGUGAGGGCGAUUUAUCUGACUCUGGAGAAGCUGAUUCAGCCCGAGGAGACGCAGGUGAACGGCAUCGUCAUCCUCGCCGACUACACCGGAGUGGGAAUGACACAAGCGUCCAAUCCCGGCCCGUUCCUUGCCAAAAAAGUCGUGAGCAUCCUUCAGGACGGGUUUCCAAUCAGAAUCAAGGCCGUGAACAUCAUUAACGAGCCCAGGAUAUUUAAAGGCAUCUUCGCCAUCAUUAAGCCUUUUCUGAAGGAGAAGAUGGCAGAGAGGUACGUCCUCCACAGCUCAGACCUGCACUCCCUGCACAGAAACAUCCCCCGCUCCGUUCUACCCGAGGAGUACGGCGGCACGGCGGGCCAGCUGGACAUGCACGCGUGGUCCAGACUCCUCCUGGACUGUGAGGAGGAGUUCAUAGUGGAGUUCUGCCAACCUGAUCCACUAGAGGGCGUCCUGCUUCCAGACUCCAUGCUGUUUGACGGAGAGCAGGCCAGCGGGCAGGACGACGACACCUUCAGGGGGCUGCGCUCUCAGCUCUACUACUGUUACUGAUGCUCGCUGGGUGGACUCUGUCUGUUUCAUUUGAAACAUGUGUGUAGACUUUUACAGGGCAAGUUGCCAAUAUUAGACAUGAUUUAUUUUAGUAUCAAAGCAGCACUACUGGAGGGAGAUAGUGUUUUCUAGUUUACACGUAGCCCAGCAUUUGACCCUGGUUCACAGGCAGCUGCAGGUUUAAGCUUGAGCCAAUGCAUGUUAUGAUGAUACUGGUGGCCUCUGUGGAUUUAAAUCUGGUGUUUAAAGGUUAGGUUCACUUUUUUUUUUACCAGAAUCAGACACAAAUAUGCAGAUGGAAACUGUAAUUCUCUCCUGUCCCAACCUUGUAACCACUCACUAUGAUGUGACGAUGAAUAACCUCCUUCAGGCGACACUUAAAGGUUCAUAGCUUCAGGUGUAUUCAGCAGAUAUGGAGGUAAGAGAUGAGGGACACCUGGGAGGAGACUUCCUAUACUUUAUGCUUGUCCUUAGACUUGCAGCUUGAGACGUGAGAGUUGAGAGUCGCAGUUUACAACAUGAUCGUUAUCCUUUUAGAGAUGAAAUUGUCAUUCAAUUGUUCCCCGGAUUGCAUUUGGCUAAUUUGAUCUGCCUGUUUUUCUCAAAACAGAUGGCUUACAACCAAAGCCUCCUCUGACUUUAUUGGUCAAUACUUCUCAGACUAUAAAUACACGACAUCUGGGCUGGAAACAGACCACAAGCUGUUUUCACAUCAAUGCAGAUACCACAGUCUUAUCAUGUGCCAACAGAUACUGCAUUCACAUAUGUAUUUCUGUAUGUUCCCCUGGCUUCCUUAAUGUGCUUCUGAUGUAAGAGAUAGAGGACAAACACUAUAGUCCUUGUUUUAUGUUGCCGAAAGACCGAUAAGAUCUGAAAAGAACCCGUAAGACUCUAAUCACGAUGCUAUCAGACACACAAGAUGGAAGUGUCAGAGUUAAAAUGCUUCAAUUAGGACGGCAUCUUUUACUUGCAUGUAUGAAUUGGAGGAACUGUGAAGGAAAGCAAAGAUUUGUGUCACUGUGCAGAUACUUUUAAGACGUGGAAAAUAGUUUUUAGUCAUGGAAAAAUGUGAACCCACCCCUCCACUGAGGCAGAAGUCUAAAAACAGCUCCUCAAACUCACAUCCAUUCAGUUUGUUUAGUAUCUGCAUACCAGCGCUCUAUCAAGCCCUCUCUGUACGAGCUCUGUCUGCAUGUUGACAUCCACACAACUCAACCAGAAACACAGACAGUGUGAGUGUUUGGAUGAGUCCGUUACAACGCCUUAAACUGUUAGGUUCUUGUAUGUUCGUGUACCAAAGCGACGUUCACGUGUAUCUCAUCAAAGAAAGAAUAUAAAGAAAAGUGUUAUAUAUAUAUAGAUUCAAUGUUAGAGUAUUUUAAGACCUUUGUUUUGCUCAUGCUCCAGUUUUUUGUUGCUUUAAUCUUCUGAGAGGAUUAUUUUUCUAAGUUCAGUUCAAAAUAAUCUGCCUUAUGUGUUUUUGGUGACCUUCUUUGACCUGUUUGCCAUCACUCAGUGUUAACACGGGGCCGCUUCACAAGGAAGAGAACGUUCAGUCCUGACUUUAAAGAUGUCCGCUUUGCCAAAACUUCACACCAGGCCAUCCUGUACAGAAAUGUGCAAUAAUGUAGGAUCUGUUAUUUCUUUGUUGUUAGCCUGAAGUUUAUUUUUUAUACUUUUACGUUAAGCAUGUCUGUGACUAUGAGCUGUAUUGUGUUGCUGAAUAUUUAUCGUCAGUAGUGAAGACAGUAAAGUACAACUCAUAUUGAGA